GACUCUUGACGUGAUGACUGCAGGAUGCACUUGCACUCUUCAUUCACUGUCAGAAAACAGACAGUGUUGGCUCCAAUAGAGCAAAAUGGAAACUUCACACACUGCGCAGGCCUGUGAGCUCAACAGGACUCCACCUUGUUGUACUCAGCCACUUCCCUUUAAAGGCAGGAAGAGAGAAGAAACAGAAGAGGAAGAGAGGCAAAGGGGGACGGGCUUAUUGUAAUUAUUUAAAGUAAGAAAAAUACAGAAGUGAGACGUUGAACAGACACCUCUAAAAAAAAACAGUGAAAGCCAAAGACAAACAGGAGAGAAUCGGAAAGACAAAAGUCUGAAAGGGGGUAAAGGCCUACAUGUAAACAUGGCUCCUUGGACAAGGACCAUAUCGGAGCGGUAUGGUGUAGUAAAGUGGAAUUUUGCCGGCCAAGGAGAGAAGCAUCUUUCCCUCGAAGUAGGAGAUAUGGUGUUCAUCCAGGAGGCCUGCGAUGGAUGGUAUCGAGGCCACUUAGCUCGGAACAAAGCCCAACAGGGAGUGUUUCCUGCAAGUUUCAUACAUCUUAGGGAGGUCAUCAUAAAAAAACGAGGAGAAGAAGAGGUAGUGUUGUCUGCAGAGAUGCCCUUGGUAAAGGAGGUUACCACCACACUGAGGGAAUGGGGUAGCAUCUGGAAGCAGCUCUUUGUGGCCAACAAACGCAGUCGUGUCAAGCAGGUCCAGAGACUGAUGUGGGAGCUGAUGGAGUGGCGUUCACAGCUCCUGUCUGGCACUCUGCCUAGUGAUGAAUUUAAGGAGCUAAAGCAGAAAGUCACCUCCAAGAUUGACUAUGGCAACAAGAUCCUGGAGCUGGACCAGGUGGUUCGGGAUGAGGAUGGGAACAUUUUGGAGCCAGAGCAGGCGAGCGUCAUCAGUCUUUUCCGGGCUCAUGAGGAGGCAACGGCCAAGAUCAAUGAACGCAUCAAAGAGGAACAGUCCAAUGUCCAGACAGACCACAGCGGGAUCUCGGCACGGAUCCAGUCCUCCCCCACCCACAGCCUCUACGUCUUUGUCAGGAACUUUGUCUGUCGCAUUGGAGAGGACUCAGAGCUCUUCAUGUCCCUUUACGACCCCAUCAAGCAGAGCAUCAUCAGUGAGAACUACUUGGUACGCUGGGGCAGCAAAGGAUUCCCAAAGGAAGUGGAUAUGCUCAAUAACCUGAAGGUUGUCUUUACAGAUUUGGGGAAUAAGGACCUGAGCAGAGAAAAGAUUUAUCUGAUCUGUCAGAUAGUGAGAGUAGGCAGGAUGGACCUGAAAGAGAUGAACAACAAGAAGUGUACUCAGGGCCUGAGACGGCCGUUUGGUGUAGCAGUGAUGGACAUCAGUGAUACCAUCAAAGGGAAGAUUGAAUGUGACGAGGAGAAGCAGUAUUUCAUCCCCUUCUUCCCGGUAGUUGCUGAGAAUGACUUUCUCCACAAUUUACUGAACAAAGUGACAGCAUCACGAGGGGACAGCGGGGGCCAAGGUCUGUGGGUGACCAUGAAGGCUCUGGUAGGAGACAUCGUUCAGAUCCGGAAGGAGUACCCUCACCUGGUGGACCGAAGCACCGUGGUGGCUCGCAAGCUCGGCUUCCCAGAGAUCAUAAUGCCGGGCGAUGUUCGCAAUGACAUCUACCUCACCUUACAGGCUGGUGACUUCGACAAAUAUAACAAGACGACACAGAAAAACGUGGAAGUCAUUAUGUGGGUCUGUGACGAGGAGGGCAAGGUAAUACAGAACUCCAUCUGUCUGGGAGCAGGGGAUAAGGCCGUCAGCGAGUACAGAUCCGUCAUCUACUACCAAAUCAAACAGCCCCGCUGGAUGGAGACAAUUAAGGUGGCUGUCUCUCUGGAGGAGAUGCACAGAAUACAUUUGCGCUUCAUGUUCAGACACCGCUCCUCCCAGGAGUCCAAGGACAAGAGUGAGAAGAACUUUGCCAUGGCUUUUGUGCGCCUGAUGAAGGAGGAUGGGACUGUUCUUCAAGAUGGACUGCAUGAUCUUGUAGUUUUUAAGGGUGACAGCAAGCGCAUGGAAGAUGUGAACUGCUAUUUGUCGUUGCCCUCAACCCGCCACCACCAUGGCGACCUCCACAAGGGGUCAGGGCUGAACCGCAGCUCCAGCAACGUGUCGGGGAGUGGAGGAGGCCUGUCAGUCAGCUCCAGAGACAGCUUCUGUAUCUCUACCCUGGUGUGCUCCACCAAACUCACCCAGAACGUCGGCCUGCUGGGUCUGCUCAAGUGGAGGACUCGACCUGAACUCCUCAAAGAAAACCUUGAGAAACUUAAAAUAAUUGAUGGAGAGGAGGUAGUGAAGUUUCUGCAGGACACUCUGGAUGCCUUAUUCAACAUCAUGAUGGAACACUCUCAGACUGACGACUACAACAUCCUCGUGUUUGACGCCUUGAUUUAUAUCAUAGGUCUGAUUGCUGACAGAAAGUUCCAGCACUUCAACACGGUGUUGGAGGCUUACAUCAAGCAGCAUUUCAGCGCCACACUGGCCUACAAGAAGCUGAUGUCGGUGUUGAAGAAGUAUCUGGAUGUGUCCAGUCGAGGGGAACAGUGUGAGCCCAUCUUCCGAACCCUCAAAGCCCUGGAGUACAUCUUCAAGUUCAUCGUGCGCUCGCGUAUGCUCUAUUCCCAGCUGUACGAGGGGAAGGAGCAGGCAGAGUUUGAGGACUCACUGAGGAGGCUUUUUGAGUCCAUCAACAGCCUGAUGAGAACAGACUACACCGGCACUCUGCUGCUCAGGGUAAUCAUGUUGCCUGCUCUCAAGUACCUUCCGACUGUCCUGCAUGAUGUUGAGAAAGUGUUCGAUGCCAAACUCCUGAGUGAAUUGCUGCAUGAUUUUUAUUCCUGCAUUCCUCCGGAGAAACUCCAGAAACAGAAGGUGGCCUCCAUGACUGAAAUUGUCAGCAGCCAACUCUUCCAGAAACAAGAGUGCCGUGAUGUCUUGUUACCCAUGAUGCUGCGGGAGCUGAGUGGAGCACUGGCCAGUAUGGCUGAUGGACCUCAUGAUGAGAGGAGAAAUAGUCUGGAGCUACUCAACAAAAUCUUGGAGGUGCUCAGCAGGGACAAUGUGGGGAAAACAUUUCAGCACACCCAGGAUAUUGUGGUGUCUCUGCUAAGGAUCAUCAACCAGACAGUCAUCACCAUGGGUCGAGAGCACGCUCUUAUUUCCAGGGUUGUGGCCUGCAUGACAGCUAUCCUCAGCCAGAUGGAUGAUCGUCACUAUGCUUUAUACAUAGAAACCUUCACCAGGAGCUCUGAUCUAGUGGACUUCCUGAUGGAGUCCUUCCUCCUCUUCAAGGAUCUGAUUGGGAAACAUGUGUAUCCCUCCGAUUGGAUGGCCAUGAUCAUGGUACAGAACAGAGUGUUCCUCAGAGCUAUCAAUACCUAUGCAGACACAAUGAACCAAAAGUUCCUGAAUAAUGACGACUUUGAAGUGCAGUUGUGGAAUAACUACUUCCACUUGGCGGUGGCCUUUAUUACCCAGGAGUCCCUGCAGCUUCAGCACUUCUCACCAACCAAGAGGAACAAGAUUCUGGCCAAAUACGGAGACAUGAGAAGGCUCAUCGGCUUUGCUAUACGAGACAUGUGGUACAAGCUAGGCAGUCAUAAGAUCUGUUUCAUUCCUGGCAUGGUGGGACCCAUCCUGGAAAUGACAUUGAUCCCAGAGGAAGAGUUGAGAAGGGCCACCAUUCCCAUCUUCUUUGACAUGAUCACCUGUGAGCACGAAAGAACUGGAGACUUCAACAAGUUUGAGAAUGAGAUCAUUCUGAAGUUGGACCACGAGGUGGAGGGUGGAGGAGGAGAUGAGCGAUACAUGCAGCUUUUUGAUACCAUCCUGCUGGACUGUGCUGCAGAGAAACCUACCCUGAAGCCACAGGUGCAGCACUUUGUUGCCUUGGUGAAGGGACUCCUCAUUCGUCUCCUUGACUACCGCACGGUGAUGAGUGAUGACAGCCGCAACAACCGCAUGAGCUGCACCGUCAAUCUCCUGAACUUUUACAAAGACAUCAACCGAGAAGGGAUGUACAUCAGGUACCUGUACAAGCUGAGGGACCUCCACCUUGAGGGUGAAAACUACACAGAGGCAGCAUACACACUGCUGCUCCACUCCCGCUUGCUCAAGUGGCUCGAUGAGAUGUGUAGCCCCCAGUUUGAGUUCCAUGGCUCCCAAACUCAACGGCAGCUCAAAGAAACGCUCUACGACACCAUCAUCGACUACUUUGACAAGGGCAAGAUGUGGGAGGAGGCCAUCACUCUGUGCAAGGAACUCUCAGAACAGUACGAAAACGAGAUCUUUGACUACGAAUUACUCAGCAAGAGACUGGAGAAGCAAGCCAAAUUCUACGAGAACAUCAUGAAGAUCCUGAGGCCAAAGCCAGACUACUUCGCAGUGGGCUACUAUGGACAAGGCUUUCCUCCAUUUCUCAAGAACAAGGUGUUUAUCCACCGGGGCAAAGAGUAUGAACGCAGAGAGGACUUUCAGAACCAGCUGAUGAGCCAGUUCCCCAGUGCCGUACGCCUCAACACAACCACAAUGCCAGGAGACGACAUCAGGAACUCUCCACUGCAGUACAUCCAGUGUUUCACAGUGCAGCCAGUCCUGGAGUUCCCUCCUCGCCUGAAGAACAAACCCGUUCCUGACCAGAUUAUCAACUUCUACAAGUCCAACGAUGUGCAGCGUUUCCACUACUCCAGACCUGUGAGGAAAGGACCUGUGGACCCAAACAAUGAGUUUGCUUCGAUGUGGAUCGAACGCACCACCUUCACCACUGUGUACAAGCUGCCAGGGAUCCUGCGCUGGUUUGAGGCAGAUGACAUCAAACAUACCACCCUGUCUCCAUUGGAAAACGCAAUAGAGACCAUGGAGUCCACAAACGAGAAGAUUCUGACCAUGAUAAACCAGUAUCAGGCCGACUGGAGCCUUCCCAUCAACCCCCUCUCCAUGCUGCUAAACGGCAUUGUGGAUCCAGCUGUGAUGGGAGGCUUUGCUAAGUAUGAAAAGGCCUUCUUUACUGACGAGUACACCCAGCAGCACCAGGAGGACAGAGACAAACUGCUGCGCCUCAAAGACCUCAUUGCAUGGCAGAUCCCAUUACUAGGCGGGGGGAUCUCUCUGCAUGGGAAGAGGGUGACGGAUGACCUGCGCCCAUUCCACGAGCGCAUGGAGGAGUGUUUCAAACAGCUGAGGAAGAAGGUGGAGAAGGAGUACGGAGUGAGAGAGCUGCCGGAUUUGGAUGAGAGGAAAUCCACUCGUCCCCGCUCCAUGCUGCGCUCCUUUCGCCAGUCCAUCAUCUCCAUUUCCUCUCUGCAAGGAUCUGAAUGUGGUACUCCAACGAAGCUGUAUGCAGACAGGGACCUCACCCCGGAGUCUCCCAUCUCCUGGACCUCUUCCCUGCCGCGUUCCAGCGGCAGUGUAAGUGGUACAAUGGAGGAAGUGGUGACCGUGGGUGACUCAGAGGUCAAACUGAGGAAGAGCAAGAAGAAAAAGAAGAGGAGCAGCAUGAUCUUCAUUACCGAGGAAAGAGAGAGGACAAGUACACUGGACUCCAAACGGCUGUCCAAAAAACAGGAGUUCCGCAGUGACACCAACUUAUCUGAGCCGAAUCAAGGAAACGUGUCACUGACGAGCGCCAACUCCAGAUCCCUGCCUGCCAUCACAGGUCUGUCCUUGGCGGUGGUGGGGGGCACAGAGGAGGUGGACUCUGCCAGAACUAGGAGAGACAGUAAAAGCAUGUCUGUCUGUGGGAGCUCUGACAGAACAGCAGACAGGCGCUCAAAGGGCGUCAUUAAUCUGCUCUUCAAGUCUAAGAGCUCCAAAUCAGAGGAUGUGAAGCCUGCUGAUUCAUCCAGAGACAGUGCCAACCAUUUCUGAAAUCCUUCAUUUUAAUUUCAGUUUACCUUUACUAAUCUUUAUACAUUUGUUUACAAAGAAGUCCUAACUAGCCUGAAGCAAAACCAAAUGAUGCACCCACUCCUUGUCUCCGUCGGCCUGUCAGUCUCAGUGUUGCUGUUGCCUUAAUAUAAUUGAUUUUACCUAUCAAUAAAGGCUAUUUUGGAGCCUUGACCUUUUUCCAGGUAAUUCAAAUGAUUCCCAGCAAAGCUAAAUGCCAUCUUACAGCUUUUCAAUCAAUUGUGCUUCUACGAGAAUGAACAAACACAAACCAUCCCGCUGACGUGCUUGAUUAAAAAGCUUCUUAUUAUACGGUUUUGGCAUUGUUGUGACUGGCUGAAGUUAAUGGGAAAAUAAUAAUUUGAUAAAGCACAAAGGUUACUGCGUCCUCCCAAAGGACCUGUAACGGGAACAUGCUGCCAAAAAGCUUUGGCACUCAUACAACAAACAAGAAGGUCUAAUAAAUUUAAACAUAAUGGGGAGCAACAAUAUUGUGAAGCCUACCAAACAAAGUCUGUGGCUUGUAUUGUGUUUACACAAGAAUUCAGACAAAACUGAGUCUGUUUAGUGUGCUUUCCAAUAUAAACAAUGUUGUUUAUUUUUGUGGAGUUGGAAACCCAUUAACUUUGCUUCUGUUAAUAAUUCAAAAUGUUUCGAGUGCAAGGAAUAAUAAAACAUGUUAAAAUAAAUACACUUUCCCCUUGUUUAUGAUAA